AUGUUGCUGAGACUGGGUCCUGUUGGUGUUGGCAUACUACUGCAGCUCUUCAAGGAGUGGAACGUUUCUGGGUUUUAUGAAAUUCCAGAAAUGCCUAUAGAUGUGUUUGAACACCAAACACGUUUUGUGGUGGAGGACGUGAAUUUCAGUGCUGAAAUAGAGGUGAAAGAAGGAUUCCUGAAGGAACCUGUUGGGAGGAACACAGGAGUGCAGGAAAGGGACAGAAAAUACCUGGAAUCAGCCAGAGGACUAACACGGCUGGAGAGGCUCUUCUUAGCAUCAAUAGCUCUGGUCAUGUUCAACUACCUGGCAGUAGAGGUGAAACCCCAGUUCCACCGCUAUGGGAGCCAGCAAGGGGUGUCUGGGCCACUAAGGAACCGCCUGGAGCAGCUGAAGAAGCCGUGGUGGAGGGAACCCACCCCCCUGGUGCUCCAGCACAGUGAAACAGCCAGGCUUGCUGUUGAUGCCUUUCUUGAGCAGGGGGAACGCGGCUACCUGAGUGCCAUCACUGAGGAACGGGAGCUGCCUUUUCUUUCCACCCUUGACAUGGAGUAUAUGAGCCACCAGAGAAACCUAAGCUAUCCAGAACUCAAUGCAAUGAAAGACAAGGAGGGUGACCCUGGUGAUGCAGAUACUGGAGACAGGUCCUCCCUCUGCUCCGAACUAACGUCUGGCACCUACUUCCCACUCAUGUCUGAUGUGCACCCUCCUGAGCUGGAGCUGGGGUGGCCAGGAAUCCCACUCCUCACAGUGUCUGGCCAGACUCAAGCCACUGUGAUUUUCCAAAGAAACAAAGCUAACAGCAUUAAGGAUUUGUUCCGGUCUCUGAUCAGCCGGGCACGGACGGUGAUAGCAAUUGUGAUGGAUCUGUUUACAGACAUGGAAAUACUGUGUGACCUGCUGGAGACCUCAAGCAGACGGCAUGUCCCUGUUUACCUGAUCCUGGAUGAAGAGUACUUGAAGCAUUUUGUGGAAAUGUGCAAUAAAAUGGCUCUUACUCAGGACAGCUUUCCAAACAUGCGCAUAAGAUGUCUGAGUGGAGACACAUAUUACAGCAAAGCAGGCAAGAAAUUUGCAGGCCAGGUUCUGGAGAAGUUUAUCCUGAUAGAUUGCGACCAAGUUCUAGCUGGUACAUACAGUUUCACCUGGCUUUGCAGCCAAGUCCACACAAGCCUAGUGACCCACUUCCGUGGUCAAAUAGUUGCAGAGUUUGACAAGGAAUUUCGGUACUUGUAUGCAGAGUCCAAAGCAGUGACCAGCUUCUCUGUGUCAGAUCCCUUGUCUCAGAACACCUCAAAAGGUACUGAAUCCCUUUUGAAGCCCAUCCAGAAUGAUGCUGAAACCCUGAGUGCCUCCAGCAGCCUCUCCAAUGUAAGCAUCAGAAGCAUAAAAAUGUCUCCCUUUAUGAAAAACCCCAGCUGCAGUGUUCACCAGAAACAUGAUUUGAGCCCUGAUUCUGGUGAUAAGAAGGGGAAGGAAGACACAUUUCCGAAGUCCACUUGUCCUGUGCAGCAAGGGGAACCACCAGACUCACCUAACAGUCCUUCAGAUAAGUCCACCUUGUAUCAUAAAUCAAAUCUCAUGACAGCAAGGACAGUUUUGCAGCUGGAGCCCUCCCCUGUCUUCAGCUCCAACAAACCUAAUUAUCAAGGGGAUGACAAAGCAAACAGCGGCCACUGCUCCCCAGUGACACAGGAGCAGACACCACAGUUCCUUUCGGAGGGUGCCAAUUGCACUGGGACAAGCAUAAAGCAGAACAAGCCUGCUGCUACCUCCAGGGAACCAACAGCAGAAAAUGAUAACUUUUAUGGGACAGAAAAGAGACAGAGUCUUGGACAAGGAAAAUUGGACCUGUUAUUACCAUACAACCAGCUCAAACGCACAAAAAAGCCUGCAGUUCCUUCCUACGAUAAACUUACUGAGGACAUGUUGAUGGAAAAGAGCAGCGCAUACGGAGCUGAGAAAAGAAUGACUCUUGGGCACAGUAAGCUGGAUCUGAUCACCAAAUACAACAAGUUAAAAUCUAAACACAUACACAGUCGUUUUGAACUCUGACCUGGUUCUCCUGGGCCACGGUGUGUCGUUUGGUCUUAUUUUCAAGUGGUUGCUUUUCCCUACCAAUCAACGUAUCUGGGGCUUGAAAUCAAAUUACAGGUGGCAAAUCAGUCUUGUUGCUAUCAAAAGGUGUUUGUGCUAUGCUGCAAUUUCUGAUAUACAUACAUGACUGAUUAAGAUGAGAUUAGCAAGUACAAUUCAAUUUUUCAAUUACAAGUUGAUAGCAAGGGAGAGUAAAUUAAAAAACAAAACAAAACAAAACAAAACAAAAACCAUAAUGCACACUUCUAUAUACUUCUUACUCAUCUGGAAAAUAACUAUUUCCCCCCAAACUUACAGGAAAACCACGGCUAUAACUUGAAACUGUUUGGCUACUGAGGUUUUCAGGGUGAACCCAGGAUCUCUUUGUACUGAGCAAUUCCUCUCCCUGUAGCCAUUUGCUGAAAAUGAAAUGGUCAAAUGCAGGGUGAUGUUAAAAAUAAAGGCACUGUUCUAC